CAGGAGUCAUCCCUUCACUGGCCAACAGCAUGGCCCGACUGGGAAAUGCUCGCUCAGCCAGCUUACGCAAGAAGCUCGAGAGCAUCACACAGAAUGGGACAUCCAUAACUCAAGAAGAAGUUGGAGACGGAGACGAUGCCAAAAAUGAGAUUAGAAGGCGGAUAUGGCUACGGUGCCAGACAGAUAUCAGAGCAGAGCCGAUCAAACGAAUUGACAGCCGAAAGAAAUCGCAGCAACUCACAGUCCGGGAACCGCCAGGACAACCUGGUUUACACGACUUAAUCGAUUUCGGGGCAUUGACGACCACAAGAAUCCUCGAGAACGAUGCUAUUAUGAAUACAGCCUACCGUGAGCACAUGGCAGAAAACCUUCCUUUAUUCGACCACCCCCGAGGUGGAUACGAAACUGUUCAAGCAGACUUUGAUACGAUUGAUACACACUACAAUAGUGGCGAUGAUAAAACAUCAUCUGACGACUGGAUGGAUGACCCAGACGCCGAUUAUUUCUAUGCGGACGGGAAUGGCAACAUCUACCUAGUUGAGAGGCAGGCCGUGUUUGGCCUGAUGAACUAGAGUGGCCAUCAGAUGUAUCUACGGAUUCGAGUUCCGAGUUCGGGGAAGAAUAAAGAUAGACAGACAUGG